AUGUGGUGGUCUCAGUCAAAACCACUCAUCUCCACCGUCAACCUCCUCCUAUCCCUCCACCUCCACCUCCACCUCCACCUCCUUCCCACUCUCACUCUCUUCUCCUAUCCCGCCCUCCUCAACUGCUCCAUCGACUCCCCUGUCCUCAACAACUACAACUACUCCCCCAAUCCAGGAGGAUUUUUAGCCAACGGUGCUAAUAGUACUAGUACGACUGCUGCUGCUGCUGCUACUAUUUCUCCACCAUGUUGUUUUACAGGAUACGAUACGGUGAAGUUCAUGAGCAUGAGUAUCUUGGACUGCACGCAUUAUACGAGCGUGACGAAUACAGACGAACUGAAAGGGUUAGGGCCGUUGGAUUGGAUCUACGGGAUUAAGCUGAGCUUCGCAGUGCCGGAUACCGGGUGUGGAUGUGUGAGAGGUGUGCGCAGUCCGGCGGGACCUGUGGGUUUGAUGCCGAAACUGAAGGGUCUCUCUGCCUCUGCUCAACUUCCUCCAAUUUCAUAA